UGAAGGAAGAGUGGUUGCUGAUGGUUGGUCUUUGGAAUGAUUCAUGGAAGAACGUGGCCUAGCGUGAUUUCCCUGCUUUUUUUAUGGCAAUAUUCAUGACAAUGAAACGGUUUAAUAGCCGUUACGGUUGCUCGAGUUAAUAACCAAUUGACCCUCGACCGCUCGAGCAGAGGUUCCAUUGAUGAGGAGCGCCGUUAGCGAAAACUCGAACGAUAGGCAGGUUGAAAUUUUCAUUUGUUUGUUCGUCGCCUUCUCUGGAAUACUCUGAAGGAAUUGGCGACGGUGCGAGAACCUUUGUUCGAAAGCACGCCUAUAAGAGCGCACGUUUAUCAUCGUUUAAUUCAGAAUCAAAUUGUUUGUUUGUUGAAACGUGUACGCCACUUGACUCUGUCUCGAUGCAAAGUCAUUUCAAUAAAUCUACAUGGCGUCGAGAAAAUUCGUGUCAGUAAUGAUCCGUCUAUUCAAAGAAACAUGUGAUCAUCGGGAACGAUAGAUUCGUUGGAAUGGAAUAGUGCUUUCGCGAUAGAGGCUCGUAAGGCUUCAAGGAGAAACGUUUGUCCAAUUGCAGGCGGCAUGAGGCAACGCAAAACCACUCUUGGCGCCGCGGCGCCUAUAUCCACGGAAGAAGAGAGGCUGAAGUUCCAAGACAACAGGUUCUUGACGACUUUGGUGCUAGGCAGAAAUAGAAAAAUUUCGCCCGACGUCCUGCCCUCCUGUUCCCCAGGGAUCUUCAGACAGAAGUCCUUCCGUUCCUCGACGCCUCCAAAGAGCGCCGCGACGAGCGUCGACGUUCGCGCAGGCGUCGAUACGAGAAGUCCACGUGAGCCUAAAACACCUAACAAUAGCGUUCGCAGCAAGUGCGGCGUGUUACUGCUCGCGCGGGGCGCCCGAGGUGCCAGCAAGCACGCGCGCCUUGGCACGGCACUGGCGAACAAAAUGGCGUCCUCAAGCUCCACCACGGUCGUGCAGGGCUGGCCGAACACCAAGGACGACUACGAGCUCAAAGAGGUUAUUGGAGUGGGUGCGACCGCGGUAGUACACGCAGCAUUUUGUAUUCCACGGCAGGAAAAAUGCGCGAUCAAGAGAAUAAACUUGGAGAAAUGGAACACGAGCAUGGACGAGCUUCUGAAAGAAAUACAGGCUAUGUCCUCCUGCAAUCACGAAAACGUCGUCACAUAUUACACAUCGUUCGUGGUGAAGGAGGAGCUCUGGCUUGUUCUCAGGUUGCUGGAGGGUGGUUCGCUAUUGGACAUUAUCAAACAUAAAACGAGAACUACUAAUUGCAAGCAUGGAGUGUUCGACGAGGCAACGAUAGCCACAGUGUUGCGAGAGGUGCUCAAAGGCCUUGAAUACUUUCACAGUAACGGGCAAAUACACAGGGACAUAAAAGCCGGUAAUAUCCUACUAGGAGAAGAUGGCACGGUGCAGAUCGCUGACUUUGGCGUCAGUGCUUGGCUCGCAACGGGUCGAGACUUAAGCAGACAGAAAGUCAGACACACCUUUGUGGGUACACCGUGCUGGAUGGCACCAGAGGUCAUGGAGCAGGUGAGAGAGGACCACGGCUACGACUUCAAAGCAGACAUUUGGUCGCUAGGCAUCACCGCGAUUGAAAUGGCCAGUGGCACAGCCCCGUACCACAAGUAUCCACCCAUGAAGGUGUUGAUGUUGACGCUGCAGAACGAUCCACCGACCUUGGAUACCGCCGCCGACGAUAAGGAUCAAUACAAAGCGUACGGCAAAACAUUCCGAAAGAUGAUCGUCGAUUGUUUACAAAAGGACCCGACCAAGAGACCAACAGCGACAGAGUUGCUGAAGCAUCCCUUCUUCAAAAAGGCGAAAGACAAGAAAUACCUGCAACAAACCUUGGUAGCCAUUGGUCCCAGUCUCGAGACCCGCGUGCAGAAGGCUUCGAAAAGACAACCUGGCACGUCUGGUCGUCUCCACAGGACGGUCACAGGCGAGUGGGUUUGGUCCUCGGAAGAGGAAGAAAGCGGCGCGUCCAGCGGCGACGAAGGCAAAGAGACUCUGCCAGUCAACACAAUCGAGAAUCCCAGUAGCGAGGAGGAACCUGACGAAGAGUUCUAUGGGCAAGUGAAAUCGGCGCCAAGUCAACUUGUUGUGCAAGCCACCGAGCAGAAUGUUCCCAUAAACUUGGUGUUAAGAUUACGAAACCAGAAACGAGAGCUCAACGACAUUAGAUUCGAAUUCGCUGUCGGCGUAGACUCUGCAGAAGGCAUCGCAGCAGAACUAGUCGGAGCAGGCUUAGUCGAUGGCAAGGACAUCGUUGUAAUAGCGGCGAAUUUACAAAAACUAAUAGACAGCGCUGGCCAGUUGCGGACAGUAACCUUUUCAUUGAACUCUGGUCACGCAGCCAACGAAGUGCCAGACGACAAAGCGUUAAUAGGAUUUGCUCAGAUCUCCAUCACUGAUUAAACAAACCUCCACCUCGCAUUCUGAAGUCUCAGGAUACCAUUCUUAACCAACGUUCAGAGAAUGGAAAGUGUCAAAAGCUCGUCGGUACUAUCCCCGAUGGCUGAGAACAGCCAACAAGGGGACAGCUCUAGAAAUCUUACGAAUUCGUAGCACAUUUUCUGUACUACUGCUUUCUUACUUUUUUUUUUUUUACAGCUUUUGCUACUUUCACUUCUCCCAAAGUUUCAGUAAAAGUGCGACAGAGCAUUAGACAAAUGGUAUAGGUAUACCAUAGGUCAGUUGCAACAGACAGCUUAAAAGUGUACUCGAAGCCCUGUACAGACAAUUGAUCAGGAAAAAAAUGCGAGUUUGCGAACGUAGGUCAUCCGAACAACUCCCAAAUUUUGUUUAAUCUUCUUGUUACCCAAAGUACCAAUGCCCUUGUACGCACCUUUGCGUACGAAGCAAAUGAAAAGCAUUUUCGAUAGAUACUCGAAGUAAUCGAGUUCAAGUUCAGGUAUCCGCGUUAUUAUUAAAAAGUUGAUAACAUUAAACAUCAUUUUAUUUGGUGCGAUGUAAUUACAGAACGUAACGAGAGAGUUGAAUCGAAUUUUAACGGCUGUACUCGAACCGUUUGCGAACCUGAUUGUGGUUUCACGCAUGCCUUUUAUGCACGCAUAAAACAUGGGACAAGAGGAACAGUAUCGUCCGUACUGGCUUAAAUGUCCACUUGCUCCAAUCAUUAAUGGCUGUAGUUCCAUAUAUUCUCAAUCUAUAUCACUAUAUCACUCAUAUUACAUUAAUUCCCUGUAAAUAUUAGUAAUCGAAUCGUUUGUUAAGUUUACCAUUCUAUAAGAACCACGUCCACAGUUAAUUUCAAAUAACUAAGCAAACGAGUGGGAAAAAUUGUUCGAGAGGUGCUUAAACAUCUGGCUUACUUAUUUGAAAUACCAUCCGCGAGCAUACAUUCUUCUACACGGUUAAGGAUUUAGUUGAAGAUAUAGAAACACACGCUGAACAUGUUUAACGCAUUCUGUAUCGAAGCGGUCGUCAAUCUCUUGUAUGAUACAUAAAUUGUUAGCGUAUUUCCUUGUGCUUGGAUGUUACAGGAUUCGUAGAACACGCGAAAGUACUAAUGGAACGUGUUUUGUACUUAAUUAAAUAGAGUUACGAUAGCGGAUUUAUUAUUUUACGGCUUCGUAGAGGCGGACAAGUUGACCGAGAAAAUGUUCCACGUGUCUUAACAAGUUUUAGGAACCCGAGCACACAGAUAUUGUAUACAAUUGUAUUCCAACACAACAUAGAAUUGUUUAUAUUUCGAUUAUUUAUGCGCGUUAAAAAUAUUUGUUGCGGCGUUAACCCUUUGCACUUUACAGACUUUGGCAGUUUUCAGAUGGAAUCGUUCGAAUCACCAAAAUCACGAAAAACUGUUAAACAUAAUCGAUCGCCUGAUCUGAAAUACAAAUUAAAUUUUGCAAAGGGUUCAGGGAUAGUGUUAAAAAAUUUUAACGCGUGACAACUUAAUGCUGGUUCGAAUUGCGAUUAAAAAAGAACUAAGUCAAUCGAGCAAAUUAUUGUGAUUAGGUUACUUCGAAUUAACGUGAUUCUGAUAUUUAUCGAUUCGAGGUUGAGACCACCGACGUAAAACGAUAAAGGAAACAAAUAUUUUUUCGCAACGUUAGGGAUUGAUAACGAGAAACAGCUAUCCGAAAAUAAAUCUGUUCGAUCGAAUAUUUAUUGCUUGAAGAAGAGGGUUUCGUGAAUAAAGUCUACGAUUAAUCUUAUGGUGAAACAUUCUUUUUAAUUCUAUCGAGAUUCCUUUAUCUAUUAGCGCGGACUAAUAGACGUUAUUAAUUAUGUCAUCGGCUGUAAUCGAUCUAGAGGCUUGACGCAGUGCUUACCAAUCUUACUGUUUCUUUUUAUUAUAUUGAUAAAUAGAAUAUAUAUAUAAUUAUUUGUUACAAUAAAGAAAUCGAUGAGUACA